AUGAUCAACAAGUCCACGAGCCAGGUAACUUACCGCGUAGUGCAGGUGUCGGGCCAGGGCAGAGAGGAUGGGGGACGAGCCGUGGUGUCUGCGGCUGCCUUCUCUGGACCUCCUCAGGCUGUGAUCCAGAACCCUUUCAGUGAUGGAGUCAGCCCGGGGGGAGAGACUGUGGGAGGAGAGACUCGCUUCACUUACUUCCCUGCGACGGCAGUGAGCGACGGAGCAGUGUCUGUGCAGGCGGCCGGGGACCCCACACUCGCACAGGCCGGGGGUGAGUGGGGACAGUUCUAUGUGAUGGUGCCCCCCCCUGACGUCCUGCAGCCCGGAGCCCAGAGGAGCCUGGUCCCACGGACACAGCCGUAUCCUGUGUAA